AUGGCUAUGGCCAUGGCGCCUUGCGCGGGAGAUCCCAUCGUGCUUGUCCGGGACAGCUUCAAGCACUACAUCGAGGCGGUGCUGCAGCACUUGACUGAGCUGCAGAGGCGCUGGCAUCCCGUGGAUAUGCCGAGAAAGUGGGCAAGCUCGAAGCAGGUCGAGGAGCUGGCGGCUCUCUGCCGGGAAUGUGGCCUCGCCUCGGCCAAGGCAGUGGUCGCUUGCGACAGGGUGCUCCGACGACAGAUCCAGGAACCCCAACAAAACUGUGAUAGAUCUCGACUCGAAGAUAGCCCAGCCGCUGCUACUGACCAAAGAGAGGAGCUGCGUCAGCUAAUGGCGAAGCGCUUGCAGCGUGCUUUCCGCGGAUUUCAGCAGCGCCGAAGACGCAGCAAGCAGAAGGUCGGCAAAGUUCUGGCCACUUCGCUGGUCCGCUGCCUUACGGCGCAAAUACAGCAAAGCCUACAUCACUGGCGCUCCGGAGUCACGAGGCAGCAUGCUGCAGAUGUCAUUGCAAAGGCUGCCCAAGGCUGGCUGUCUCGACGAUGUGCAUACAGAGCUGCGAAGCUCUUCCAUGCACUUCGCUGCGCUGAAAACCAGCGGAGCUUCAGGCUGAUGCGAAGACACUUUGCAGCCUGGACCUGGAAAUUGGAAUUUUAUCAGCGAUGGGCGAAGCGUGAGGAAGACUUAGCUCUCACGUCCGUCGACGCCGUCGAGAAGCAACGUGACUUCUGGUGGCUAUUUCCAAGCGAUGGAAAGACUGCAGUCGCCAAGGCACAAUUCGCUUGGUUCAAGAAGCGCUUGGCGUGGCUGGCAUGGGUGAGUGCAAUGUCCAUAGAGGGCAAAACGUGGUGUGGCCCGAUUGCAGAGGUACAUGCAUGCCUGCCUUUGUUUCUACUAGUAUGCAAGUUUGCUGCAGUCGCGCAUCCACCUUGGAGUGUCCUCUCGUUUUCCUGUCACCAGAAAGUAAUGCUAAUCUACUUCACAUAG